AUGAGGGUGAAGAUGUUGAGGAGAUGGUUGAUGAUGAGGUUGAAGAUGUUGAGGAGAUGGUUGACGAGGAGGUUGAAAGUCCAACAGACCGUUUUAAAGGCUACUUGGUCAAUUGGGCUCUUGAAUAUGGAAUAACAUUAGUUGCAUUAACAGCCCUGCUUUCGAUUCUGAGGUUCCAUCAUCCAACCUUGCCAAAAGAUGCAAGGACUCUCCUUAAUACCAACAGAGGCUACAUAAUUGACAGGAUUGCUGCAUGUUUCACAUUGUGGACUUUAUCUCUGCGGAGAAGAAGGAAACCGAAGUUGUGCCUUCAUCAUGGGUCCAGGAUGGCAUGAGCUACUGGCCGCCUUAUUCCUCCACAGAACGCUGCACAAGGGCAGUGAAACGUCAAGAAACACCUGACAAAACAUGGGGUCUGUUUGAUGUGAACAUCAGGUACACAAGAGACACAUAUGAAGAGGCUCGCCAUAAGCUUCCUAUGGCUGUGGUUCAAUCUGAUCUGCAGACAGAAGAGGAUGACCAUCCUGCAUACAUGAAGAGAAAAGGAAGGGGCAGAAAUACGCAAAUAUUCAGUGACACUGAAAGUGAGGAUGAACCAAGUGCCAAGUUUCCACGGAAGGACCGGUCAGUCACCUCUAAAGGUUUGCCACCUGCACCUGUCAUUAGACCUCCAGAGGACAGAAGAGAGACACCUGGGACCUCCAAUACACAAACAAGGACUGAGCCAAACAUUCAACAGCAGCUAUGCGAUCGUAAGUGUUACUUGUGGCUCCCACCAGAGACAUCUUCCCUCGGAAAAGCUCCAGAUUCAAAUUUGGAUGAAGUUCCAGAUUUGACCGACCUUCGACUUCCAAUGUCCUCGCUCGAAGAUUUGAAGAGAGUUGAGGGACAACUUUCAGACCAAGGCAUAAAAAAGAACUUGACCGCAUAUUUGGGACUGUCUGGAGGGAUGACCACCAAGGAGAAUGUGUGGAGAAUCCUCGGAAAGCUCCUUACAAAUGCCCUGGCCAUGAAAAUUAAUUGGAGAGGGGCCAAUGGGAAACAGGCCUUUGAACCUCUUGCCUUAAAAAGUGUUGUCAUCGGGCACCUGCCCACGCAGACAAUAAAAGAGGGCUUUUAUGAAAUAGCAGGGCUCUUCAGUGGAUUGCUGGUAGGGGACCGAGGGUACGCCUGUCAGCCCUUUUUGAUGACCCCCUAUCCGGACCCCAACACACGGCCACAGAAUUAUUUUAAUGUGGCCCUCAACCGAACAAGGGUCGAGAUAGAGAUGACCUUUGGGAUCCUGAAAGCACGCUUCAACUGCCUGCGUGGCCUCCGAGUGGCCCCAGACCGGGCUUGUCAAGUGGUGACAGCCUGUGUCGUGCUCCACAAUGUGGCCUCCAUAAGAAGGGAGAGAGCCCCACCUGUCAGCCAGCAACCCCCAGAUGUAGUAGACCCCAUCACCCUCGACUACCCUACUGGCAGGGCUGCCCCCGGAGUUCCUGAUGCGGAAAUAGAAAAGUACAUCAAGCGAUGGAUGCAGCUAUCCCCAGACAGAGAUGGAGGAAGAAAAAGGAGAGAGCGAGGGAGAAGUGACCAGACCGAAGAGUGAUGCACAUCCCAGAAUACCUGGCACAGCUUUACAAAAUAGAUUGUAAACCCCCCCAAAAAUGUUUUAUUCAAUUAG